UUUAAAUAUAUUAUUUGCCUUUUAACAAAAACUUAUAGAAAUCGAGUCAGGAACUUUUCAAUUACAAUCGAUCGAAUAUGAUGAGCUAUUACGCAUUUAUAUAUGUUUAAAACAUUUUGAUGAUUUUAUAUUUGAUCCUAAAUUUCAACAACUAAAAUGGCCGAGAAAAUUAAUUUUUUCAGGUGUAAACUUGUUUUGAUAGUAUUUUUCUGUGUUAUACAUAUCAUCAAUGCAUUAACAAUCAGCAACUUACCAACAGCCGUAGACCUUCGUGAGGACACCUCGGCGGAGACCCUCCUCCACACCGUGUCUUACACCGGUGUGACCACGGGGGACACUGUGACCUGUAGUAUGAACACGGUGACAAAUUUCUUUAUGAAAAUUGUGACCGGCACAACAAAUUAUGGUGUGUAUGUCGUUGCAAACCCCGCGGGACUUGCCUACCCCAGUAGCUACACCAUCUCGGUGACAUGCACGGGGUCCCCCUCUAGUGCCACUGACACAAAGAAUCUGGAAGUCCAUAUCACCCAAAAUUCACCUCCCUCUAUCACCAAUGUUCCUGCGUCUAUCAGUGUUGAUAGUACAACCACCGGAAGUGGUGUUACCAUAUUUACCAUUCAGGCUACAGACGCCGAGGGUGAUCAAUUGUAUUUUGAAAUCGUAUGUGACCCCACUGGCUGUCCUUUCGAAGUAUUUGCCUCGGGUGCCAUUUUGACGACAGCCUCCCUGGAGGGAACACAGGUUGGCGGAUAUGACAUCAAUGUUUAUGUCAACGAUAGCAGGUCUAAGGUCGGACCAAAAGUUCUGUCGGUCGCCAUCACGAAUGUAAAUUCGCCUCCCACGAUUACUAACAAACUGACGACUCCUGUAUCCGUGUCGGAGAACGUUGCAGUGGGAACCACUGUACGACAAUAUACUACCACUGAUGUUAAUGGGGGAGUACUGACCUACUCUGCUACCUACAGCCCCGCCUCCGGAGGAACAUACUUCACCAUUGAGUCGUCAAGUGGAAUUGUGAAGACUGCAAGUUCUAUAAAUUAUGAGACCCUAUCUGUAGCUGAGCGAACAGUUUUGAUAACAGUCACUGUCAGAGAUGCAGCCGCAGCCUCUGACACUACAACCCUCACCGUCAGUAUUAUAGACCAAAACGAGGCUCCCGCGUUUCCUAAAGAUUCUUACACUCUCAUAACGAACGAGGCUGGGGCAGGGGCCUCCAUUGGUAAUCCAAAUUUUCAGGCUACUGAUCCCGACGCUUCAUCAACGUUAACAUAUAGCACAACAUGUACCGACAUAACAAUAGACUCUGCCACAGGGGCUGCGAGCUUUACGUCUGCUUACGAUAUGGACGAAGCGGGAAAGUCUGGUACCAUUACGUGUCCAGUCACGGUCAGUGACGGAUCCUUGACGGAUACCGCCACGCUUACCAUCACCGUGAACAACAUAAAUGACAAUACACCUUCGUUCGGCCAGUCUGCGUACACCUUUACAACCGCAAAUACAGUGGCAGUGGGAACUAGAUUAGGCUCUAUAGCAGCCACAGACGGAGAUCUAAGCACCUCUUUAUUCGGAACUAUUACAUACGAACUGAAUCAACUGACUCUAGGCGGUGAUUAUUUUGGAGUUACUAGCACUGGGUCGUUAUACGUCAAAGCAGCUAUUACGUCACUCUCUUCCGGCUCAACUUACACCAUAACUGCAACGGCACGAGACGGUGGCCUGUUGUCAGACACAGCUUCCAUUACCAUCAUCAUACCAUCAACCACUACCACCACAACAACCACCACAGACAGGGCUCAGACGUUCUUUGAGGAUCCACGGAAUAUCGCGUGGUUCACGGCGGCCAUGAUUGUUCUUGCUCUAACGAUUGGGUUAAUUACAUACAUGUGUAUACGUUACGGAUUCCAAUUCAAGAAGUAUCAGAAAACCUACCGAUCUCGGCGAGUGGACCAAGACAGGGAAAGAUUGGAAGAAUAUAUUGAAGGGAAUUGGAGGCCUUGGAAGGUGUGGGACAAACGAUGACCUCACUAUUUAUUGAACCCUACCUUGAUUAUUGAGGGAAAAUACAUUUUUCCUAUUACUUUUUUUUAAUCUGCAGCAAGAACUAUGAAAACUAUAAUAGUACGC